GAAACAAAACACGCUGUCAUAUGACGUGCUAUGACCUAUGACGCAUACUUCAAUUGAAAUCGAAAACUGAAUUAUUUGCGCUGUAGGCGUUCCCAGUGUGUAAUUUUAAGUGUAAAUCCCUAAUAGUCGUUGUACAGUCGUGUUAUAUCAUUUCCUUUGCGCACCGCCGAUAAAAACUUCGAAAAACAUGGCCAGCCCACCCAUCUACAACCCCGUCAUCCCAUGCGUGCACCCCAUCCCCGGGGGCAUGUUCCCGGGACGCAUGAUGCGGUUCCAGGGCAACGUGCCGCCGGGCGCUCAAAGAUUUGCCAUAAACCUGCAAUGCGGCCCCAACACGGAUCCCCGCGACGACAUCGCUCUGCACCUCAACUUCCGCUUCGUGGAGCAGUGUGUGGUGCGCAACCACCUCACCGCCAUGUCCUGGGGCAUGGAGGAAACUGGUGGCGGUAUGCCGCUGAGCCAGGGCGGCAACUUUGAAGCCCUGCUGCUUUGUGAACCGCAAUCCAUUAAGGUGGCGCUCAACGGAAUACAUUUCUGCGAGUUUCCGCACCGCAUACCUUUUCAACGCAUAACCCACUUUACUAUCGACGGCGACGUGAUGGUGCAGCUCGUCGCGUUUGAGGGAGCGCAGCCACCACAGCAGGUUUAUAUGGCGCAAAGUCCACCGGCGUACGGCUCGUACGGCGCGCCGCCGCCGGCCUACGGCGCCCCGGGCUACGGCGGGGCUCCACAGGGUACACCACCAGUGAUGUACGACUCCUACGCACCAGUGCAGCAGCAACGCAGCGGUGUUGGCACCGGCGCGGCGGUCGGAAUCGGCGUCGCCGGCUUGGCCGCCGGCGGUCUUGCUGGCUAUGCUCUCGGCGGCGGGUUCAGUAGCGACAGUCCACCACGGGAGGAGGUAUCAGUCGCUGAAUUUGGAGGUGGCGAUGAUUGGAUCGAAUAAAUUAAAAACAUGCAUAUAUAUAUAUAUAUAUAUAUAUAGAAUCAAGCAUCAGAACAAAACAAAGUCGACGUUUUGUAAAAGUGGAUGAUAGCCAGUCAGUAUUAUUUACACACCGUGUUUUUUUCAAACUCCGUUAAUUUCGAGGGUGCAUUCCUGUGCUUAAAUUAAGUAACUUUCUCUAAGACACCGGUAUUCUAAGUAACUCCAUUUUGGAGAUAAUCUUUUUUUCUGAUAACGCCUCUACGAGCUUGUACACGUGCCUUAGGGCCUGUUUACAUAUUGAUUAGUGUUAACUAUCUUCCCUACUAAACUUAAGUACUAUCUCAGACGAUCGAGGAGAUAUUGAUAUGUCUAAGUUUUGUUUGAGUUUAAAAAUACGUCUAUAAAACCCGUGUUAGAUUAUAGACCCAUGAUAUAUUUAGUUUGAUUUUAAUGAAGGUCGACAUUCCAUCGAUCCGCAGUGUACAUCCUAAUGGACAUUGGGCGGCACGAGGUUAAAUGUACUUAGUCAUACCCCGAACUGGACUUUAAAAACAACACGGUGUAGGUACACGGUAUAGAGAAUGAUUUCUAAAAACUGAGUUUAUCGACUUUACUCAGGCAACUAAUACUCAUCGAGACAUUUCUAACAACCCCACACAGUUUGCGUUAUUUUAUCACAGAGUUCCCAUGGCCACCUCCUGUCUCCAUCAUCAGAUUACCUCCAUGUCAACAUAAUAUUGCAUUUACAUCCGAUUUACAUGUGCAUGCAAAAUUUCAGCUCAAUCGGAUAUCGGGAAGUGGGUCAAAUUUAGCUUUCAUUAUUUGACCCACACUAACUAACAGGGCAAGUUAAAUAACAGCUAGUUAAAAGAUACAUCUCUUUUACGAAACACCGACUGUAAGCUUCAUUUAUGUAUUAAAAUAAUUAUAGUCCGUAUCUUUAGGUAUUUAAAAAAAGGUAAACAAACAAUUUGUACAUUUUCGGGUAGUUUUAAUAUUUAUUGAUUAACCAACCAAAUACAAAACCGCCUGGAUCUGUCACUGAACGACCUGACUUUAAACCUACUUUAUUUGAUCAUGUAAUGUUUUCAUCUACCCUCAACAGCCUUAAGGAGCCAUUUGAGGGUAGAUUUUGUUUACCUUUUUUUAAAUACCUAAAGAUACAGACUAUAGCUUUAAAAGAUAUAGUAUUGUUAAAAUUGGCAAUUGGUAAGAGAUAUUUUUAUAGUAGUUUAUGUUACUGCUACAUAACGAAAGGCAUUAAAAUACGAGUGUGGGUUUAUGAAACGAAUGAAAUGAGUUUCAUAAAAGGAUUACACGAGUAUUUUAAUGCCGAAUUAUGUACAGUUACAUACACUGCUUUAUCUACAUUAAUAUCAUAAGCUUCAACAAAACAAAGUAAUUUUAUAUUUACAAAGGAAUUAAACGUCAAAAUCAGGGUAAUGCAAACUUUUUUGCCGUGUCACGCAUUUUUUUUAUUCAGAGACAAACUAGAGUCGGAGGCCGACUGCCAUAUCGUUCGAUAUCAAUAUGGAAGGUGGAGGUAAAGAAUGAAAUCUCCAUGUACCAAAAAGUGUCAUCAAAAAACCUUAAAUAGGUGGCGCUACAAUACCUAGAAUACUUGAACAAAAAAAUCAAAUCAUAGACAGCGCAAUUCACUCCAUCAAUAGCGCCUAGGUUCUUAACUACUCUAGCGCUACUCUGGAUAGAUUUGGAACUAGUAUUUAUAGCUGACAGCUGGACACUUUUGCAACAGUUCUACCAUGAGAGAUUUCACUCUUUUUAAUUCCACACUCCAUAGAUAUCAAGUUUUUCAAAAUUCAUCAUCAGUCAUCUCGACUGAUAUUAUAAUAGAGGCCGAAUCAAAUUUGUUUUUUUUUUCAGAGAUGUUUUUGUUUUUUCAGAGAUGUUCUUUUGAAUGUAAUGAAUAUAUCACUUAUCGAUAAAGUAAAGUUAAAAUUACGAUGCACCCACAGAUAAAGGUUUGUUAAUAUAGGCCUUUAGUUUAUCGUUUUUAGGGUUCCGUAGUCAACUAGGAACCCUUAUAGUUUCGCCAUGUCCGUCUGUCUAUCCGAGGCUUUGCUCCGUGGUCGUUAGUGCUAGAAAGCUGAAAUUCGGAAUGGAUAUAUAAAUCAAUAAAGCCGACAAAGUCGUACAAUAAAAUCUAAAAAUUUAUUUUUUUUGAGGUACCUCCCCUACACGUAAAGUGGGGGUGAAUUUUUUUUUACUUCAUCCCUACAGUGUGGGGUAUCGUUGGAAAGGUCUUUCAAAACUAAUAGGGGUCUUCAACAAUUUUUUUUUGAUAAAGUGAAUAUAUUCGGAGAUCGCUCCGAAAGAAAAAAAAUGUCUCCCCCCCCUUUAACUUUUGAACCGUAGGUCCAAAAAAUAUGAAAAAAAUCGUGGAAGUAGAGCUUAAGAAAGACAUUAAAUAAAAACUAUAGCGGACAUGAUCAGUUUAGCUGUUUUUGAGUUAUCGCAAAAAGACUUAUUUUAAUUAGGUACUGAUUAUGCAAAUUUGUUUAACUCGCGUGAAAGGUACCGUUUCAUCCCUUGGUUAACAAUUUACUAUACUUUAAGCUCCAGUUUAGCUUAUUGUGACGGAAGAGUAACUACGGAACCCUACACUGAGCGUGGCCCGACAUGCUCUUGGCCGGUUUUUGUAAUAUAUUAUAGGGAGGUUAUGAUAUAGAUGUAGAUAAAGAUAAUUAUGUGAGAUGCCUUAAAGGAGCCUUUACGUACGUUAUCGAACACAUUAAUAAAUAUAAUAGAAUAGUAAUUGUGAGUUCAAAAAUAUUUCAUCCUACAUGGCUAAGGAGCUACAUAUGUUCAAGCAUUAUACAAGGUGCCCGUAAGCAUGGCGAGACAUUUUAAAUAAGCAUUCCUGUAGGUGUGUGGGUGUAAUAUCAUUUGAUAUUUACCACUAGCUUUUCGGUGAAGGAAAACAUCGUGAGGAAACCUGCAUACAUCUGCGAAGAAAUUCAAAGGUGUAUGUGAAGUCCCCAAUCCGCAUUGGGCUAGCGUGGGGACUAUAGCCCGAGCCCUCUCGCGCAUGAGCAGUGGGACGUAUAUUGGCUGAAUUAUUAUUAUUAUUCCUGUAGGGCUAAGAUGGUCGGCUGUUUAUCAUUUGUCACCAUGCCUGUCACUUACUAACAAGUAUGUUAGUGCGAAAGUGACGGGCAUAGUGACAAGCGAUAAAAAUAUAACCAUGCUGCCACUGCUGGUAAUAUUUAGAAACUAAAAUGUCAUAUAAAAUUUUCCGGAUUAGGCCUAGUUUCAGAGAUAAUUAAAUGUUUUUCGAAAUCAUUCUUUCGCCAUAAGUCGGUACAAAACACAUUUUUGACUGCGGUAUUGUCACUUUGAGGUCUAGUCUGGACAUACCUAUUGAUUGACAUCGAAAAAUUAAAAAAAUGUAUUCCCCCUACCCCCAAAUAAAUAAAAAACUUUUUAGUUAAUUUUAGGUUAUGUGUUUAUCAAUAAAAAUUACGUUUUAUGUACAGGAGUGUUCAAAAAAAGGGGAAAAAAAAACAUUUUUUUUUGUCGAAUUUCAUAAAACGUCAUAAAACAUUUUUUGCUUCUGUUGCCAUCAGGAAUGCACCGUUAAAAUCUCUCGCAAUGCUCACGGGCACCUUGUACAUCAAAUAAAUGGUGCCAAGCCAAGAUGCCAAUCGUUUUUGCCGUAGCGAACGAUACGCUAAUGCGUCUCUAUCGCACUAAUAUGGAAAAGUGAUAGAGAGAUUAUCGUUUCGUUCGCUACAGCGCAAACUAUUGGCAUCUUGGCUAGACCUGGAGUCCCAAGCGAAGGUCGUGCUAGAGGACUUUAGAAGCUACCGAUUCGACUCCAUAUUUCAGUAGAAACAAAUAUCAAAAACUUGAAUGUAUGUCGAAUCAUUUGAUUAAUUGAUCAAAAACGUACCCUAAAUUAAAACCAUCAUCGGAAUUUACCACAUGAAUACAUAAAUUUGACGACCGGUCUGGCCUAGUGGGUAGUUACCCUGCCUAUGAAGCCGAUGGUCACAGGUUCGAAUGCCGGUAAGGGCAUUUAUUUGUGUGAUGAACAUCCAUAUUUGUUCCUGAGUCAUGGGUGUUUUCUAUGUAUAUAUGUAUUUAUCUAUAUACGUAUGUAUAUCGCCUAGUACCCAUAGUACAAGCUUUACCUAGUUAAGGGCUAGGUUGAUCUGCACACAAUUGUCUCCAAAUAUGUAUUUUAUUUAUAAAUACCGUACAUUCUAACACAAAUUAACCUUAACCUUACAUCAACCUUAAGAAGGCUGGUGCUGUGAGUAGUUCUAUGUAAACACCCAUGAAAUAAAAUCUGUGCUUAUCACAUAAAUAAAUGCCUUUACCGACAUUAUUUAAUUAAUAGGGAAUAUUACGCGAAACUAUGCGUAGGGAGCACCACUACCACAAUCCAUCACAAUCUGAGGGUCUACCGCGACACAAGAAAAUCGUAAUUUCGUUAUCUAACCUCUCUAUCACUCUUGCAUAUUCGAGCGCUGAAGAGGCAGAUAACUAAAUUUCGAUUUUCGCGUUUCCCGGUAGGCCCUUUGUAAACAAACCGCCUUGAUGCAUCAAUGUCAUAUUUUAUUAUCUGUAAAAACUUGUCAAAAACAGUUUAAGGCACAGUAUGUAUAAGUUACUCUAUGGUUUAUGAAAGGUGCUAGUGCUGCACUCUGGCGGCAGAACAUUGCAGUAAUACUCCCUAUUUGUAACCAUAACGAAGUGGUGUUGUAAAUUGUCUUUGGUAACAGGUAAAAUUUUUUUUUUUGGGUUAUUCGGAAUGCGAAAUUAUCAUUAUCUUAUAUCGCACUGCGUCAAUCAAAAAGCACGAAGUGUGAAAUAUAUUUAAAAAAUAUCCGACGCUGUAUAACUACUGGUUACCCGUGCAUUGAUAAUCUUUUACAUACUAAUAUCAUACCUCCGAGAAAAUUCACUUCACACAUUUAGAAAUUAAUCACACUUUCAACUCUUAUGUGAAAACAUUAAAAAAUUAAUGCAUAAAAGUUGACACUCUUUGUUUCAUUAUGUAUCCUUUUUUUAUUGUUUCGUUAUUUUGGCUUUGAUUAAGGCUUUCUUUAUUAUCAGUUCUGUUGUAUACUUGUAGAUUUUGUACCAGAUCCUAUGAUAAAAUAGGUAUAAUGUUUUCUCCGGAGUGAGAGCCUGGUGAUCUGUAAUACAGGUACCUACCUGGUUCAGACUCCAGUCUCUCACAAAGGAUCAUAACGUCAUCUCUUGUCUCAUAACCCUAUUGCGAAAUUGUUACAAAUUCUUUGUGAGCUGAUAAAUAAAUAUUUUAUUAUUAUUUGUUUCA